AAAGACUCCAUUCCGUGAAUAGUCGCUUUACAGUCGUUAACGAYGUCUUCCGGUGACCAUUAACGGCGUAGACCUAAAUCAUCAAGGUUGCUAAGCGUUUCACGAUGCAUAAGAUUCAAGCGUCAAGUGGAGGGUACUUUUUCGCUGAGGAUUCCAAUGAAAAUAACAACAAGUCACAGAAACUAACGAAGUUCAGCAACCUCCUUGGGAACAGUCUCAAGUCAAGCGGUUCGUUUAAGGCAUCAAAUCGAUGGGUAGAAAUGGCUCAAAAGAUCAAGCAGAGAAAAGAGGACGUGAGGUCUGGCCGCAGCCGACGGGUAACUUUGAGUAACGUGGCCAUCAAAGUCAUGAAUCUCAAUCAUCCAGAAUCGUCUAUUAAUAGGGAGAUCAAAAGACUUCAAAAAGUCCAAGCGAAACUAGAACGAAGGGAAACAAAACAAUUUGAAGAAGCAAGAGAAAUUGCUAGAAAACUCCAUCAACAGAAAAUGCUUCAAAGGAAUCUACAAGGAAGCCUCCAGUAUGCUAGAAAGAUAUCAGUGCUAGACAUUCAUGGCAAGAAAUUAACGCCCAUUGAGAGAUUUCAAAAAAUUGUUCGUCUUCUCUGCUUUUUGUUAAAAAUCAAGUCUAGUACGGACAGAAAAUACAAACAAGAGCAACAUGGUGGAGUAUUUGAACAACUCGAUGAAUUAACAGAAACAGUCGUGUGUAAUGACGAUGGGAUGGUGUUUGAUCCGACUUACUUCAAAGCUGUGAAAGACGUGAAAUUAAGCUCAGAUGCUGUUCAAAUUCUCUCAAUGGCUCCUGGUACUCGAACUGAAGAACAAUUACAGGCAGCUUUGGCAGGCUUGAAGGCUAGUGUAGCAGCUUUUGGUGAAUAUCCUCUUAAAAUGCAACGUAGACUUGUUAGUGUUGGAUGGUAUGAGAGUUUCGAAGCUAAACGAGUUAUAAUAAGACAAGGUCAUCGAGCUGAAAAUUUUUACUUUAUACUAUCAGGAACAGCCCUGGUAACUCUCUUGGUGAAUGAUUUAGCUACAGGAGAAGAAAGGACAACUACUGUAGCGGUCCUAGGCAAAGGAUGCAGUUUUGGGGAACUUGCGCUGCUCCAUCACAAGACGCGCAGUGCGACGGUUUUAUGUAGAAAUGAAGUUGCUCUUCUUGCUGUUGGACGAGAGGAUUUCAGGGAUAUCUUUAUGAGUUACGAGGAUGGCAAGGAAACAGAACAUAUUCAGUUUUUAAGGAAUAUACCAUACAUUAAAGAUCUUCCUUUAGACCAGUGCAGUACAAGACCUGAUAUUUGUAUCUUUCACUAUUUUAGACGGGGCGUGGUCAUCGUAAAAAAUAGCAAAACGGAAUGGAUAUACAUUAUUAAAUCGGGAUCGUGUCGGGUUUUAACCAAUUUGGUUAAAAGAAGAGCCUCAUUGCAAACAAGUAAACUGAAAGCAAACACUGAUAUUUUCAGUACGCCAGCGAUUCCUGUAGAUGAAUAUGAACGACGAAAAUUACUGUACACAGGUAAAUGA